GCUGCGUAUCUCAUCAAUGGCUUAAGUCACAUUGAAGGGCAGUACACACAUCUUUAAGAACAAACACCAAACAAACGAGUCACGUUCACGGCCACGCACUCAAUCACCCACCCCCCACAAAGCUCUCCCUAUCUCAUUCUCACCAAGUCCAUCCAUCCAUCCACGCCCAUACACACAAACACAUCGGAUCGUUCAGGCGGCCACGAGCCCCAAAAAGGAGUGCUCGAGAGAGAUAAUGUCCGGCUGAAUGUGCAGGUUCCUGUCGACGCGCGGCGAGUGGUGGAUGGUGUGGGGGUGGGGGUGGGUGGGCGGCGACGGCAGCAGGUGCAUCGGCGGCGGCAGCUCCAUGACGGGCGGCAUCAGCGGCGACAUGGUGUCCGCACGGGGGAGGGACGUACCCAGCCAGCCCUUCUGAUAUAUCACACACACACGCAGAGAGAGAGACAGAGGGGGGGAGAUGCUGGUGUGGUGUGGUGUGUGGAUGGCUGGUCGGCUGACCUCCGGCACCAUGUCGGUCAUGAUGUCGGGAAUGUCAGUCCACUCCCCGUCGUCAUCGCCGUCGUCCUCACACACAUACUCCACUUGAGGCCUCGGCCUCGCCAUUGCAGCCGCCGCACCACUUGUGCGGCUGCCCGCCCGACCUCUCUGCCUCUUGUUGCUGCUGGUGGUGUUAGUGGUACUGUUGCCCUUCUGCUGCUGCUGCUGCUGCUGCUGGCCCCGCUUGUUGCGCCGGGGGCAUCUGGCGUCCCCCGCCUCUGCCACCUGCCGCAGCGCCGCGCCCCCAAACCACGCCAGCAUCCCCAGCACGUGUGCCGACGCCACCGGGGUGCUCCCGCCGUUGUUGUCGGGCGACGCGCUGCCCCCCGCCCCGCCUCCCUGCUUGCCGUUCUCGCCUCCGUGUUUGCCGCCCGAGUGCUGGUGGUGGUGAUCGCCGCCCUUGCCGCCCUGGCCGCCAUGUGGGUGUGUCUUGGGGUUGAUCUUGAGGAUGUGUUUGAGGGGGUUGUGGAUGGCGUAGGACGACUGAGAGUCGGGGGGCUGCGGGUGGAGGGGGUUGACCGUGACGAAGAGGAAGGUCCCGUAGCGCUGGCCGCAGUAGUUCUGCCCCGCACUGCUGCGCCACCGUUGGCUCGUCGCUAUGCAGCUGAUGUUGGGGCUGAUGAUCGACAUGGACACGGAGAGAGAGAGAGGAACACACAGAUGCACGUGUGGUGUCUGUCAGGGGGGAAGGGGAUUACCCGAAUGCGUUGGGCGCGUUGCCGUCGUGGUAGACGUGGUUGGUGGUGCAGUGCAGGGGGAUGCUUGACGGCUUGGCGUUGGGUGGCUCCACCGCCACACAAGUACUGAAGCACACACACACACACACACACACACAGACACACACAGAUACAAAGUCACAGCAGCUUGUGUGUGUGUGUGUGUGUGUUUCCAUCCAUCCAUCAGAUACGCACCCACCUUUUGCUGAGGAGUAUGGGUAUGGUCGGCGCGUCGGUGGAGUACUCAGAGGCGUCAGGGAUGUGCUGGUGGUAAUUCGCCAGCUGAGCCUGCACUCCACCCACACACCAACACACCCACACAGACAGACAGACAUGAAUCUCCGUGUGUGUGUGUGUGUGCGCGUGUGUGCGUGCCCACGUGUUCCUGGUCUGAGGUGAGUCUGAAGGGGUAGUGCUGGUAAGAGGAUAUGUCGAGCAUGUUGUUGAUGUUCCCGUGCUCGUCGCUCUGCGUCGCCUGGUCGGGCGCGUACUUCCACUGCUCGUCAACUGCGUCCACACAUCGACACAUCGAUACCGCCACACACACACACAAGGUAUGGAUGGAUGGGAGGGGCCACACUCUGACAAUGACUGACCGAUGAACUUGUAGUGGUGCACCCCUCUGGCCAGCUCCAGAAUGACCGUGAACUCAUGGCCACUGCGCACCUGAGAUAUUCAACACACCAAACCGCCCCCUUCCCUCCGCACCCCCUCCGUGCACCACCACACCACCACACUCACCAGUUUGAUCUUCUGGUCGACGCUCCAGUUGUUGAAGCUCCCGGUGACGUACACAUUGUGCCCGCCGUGGCUCCAGGUAAUCACACACGGGAUCGUCUCGUUGACGUCUAUGACGCUCGCCGAGUCCUUCGGCGUCCGCGACGGCGUGGGCGGUGUGGGCUGCAGGAGGUCCAGCGGCGACAUCGACAGGGGCGGCAGGCCCCCCGCGGCGCUGCCCUGCCCGUCUGGCGGGAGUCCAUGCCCUGGCGCCCUGCUGUCGAGGAUGGCGGGCUUGGAGGGGUCGAUCAGCCCGGGGAUUCCGCUCUGGUGCGCGUCGGAGAGGGCCUGGUGCCGAGACGUUGACGUCUGAGAUCCCAUGGUGAUGACAGACAAAGGGAGUCACGGGCGGUGUGUGUCGGGGUGAGUAACGGCGAGACCGAUUGUGAGAGGGAAAGGACAGCUCACGGAUCUGGCUGUGAGCACAUCGUUGCGCCUGCUCUGGUGCAACGGGGGCU